ACGGCCCAAGACAUCCUUACGUCACCGUGUAAAGCUCCUCAUUUGCCUCGAGCGCGGGAAGACUUGGCGCGGACAGACAGCCGAGACAGGAAGUGGACACACCGAGCUGCUGUGACCAUGAAGGUUUAUUUCUGCGGGAGUAUCCGCGGCGGCAGAGAUGACGUGCACGUGUACCGGAGGAUCGUUCAGAAGCUGCAGAGCUACGGGACCGUCCUGACCGAGCACGUGAGCAGCCCCGAGCUCACCGACAGAGGAGAGGACGCCACAGCAGCAGGAGACAGAUUCAUCCAUGACCGAGACGUGGACUGGCUGCAACAGUCUGACGUGGUGGUGGCGGAGGUGACGCAGCCGUCUCUGGGCGUCGGCUACGAGCUCGGCCGAGCUGUCGCCAUGAAGAAAAGGAUCUUCUGUCUGUUCAGACCAUCGUCAGGACGACGUCUGUCGGCGAUGAUCCGCGGUGCCGAGGACGGCGACCUCUUUGUGGUGAAAGAUUACAGCGAGGACGAGGCGGAGAACGUUCUGGAAGAGUUCUUCAACAACCUGAAGAGAAGCUGAAAAACGUCAGAACUUUGUUUCAGUGUCUUCAAAAUAAAGUCGAUAAAAGACGAA